AUUUACACUCAUUAGGAAUAUACUAUUUAAUAGCAGCCUUUAUAAUUGAAAUAAUCCAAACAGGAUAAGAUCCUUUGCUGACUUUAACGAACAAAUCUCAGGAGCUACACUAGAAAUGGAGCCAUCAGAUAAAUACAUGUUCAAACACAGGGAAUACUAUUUUGUCCAAGACAUGACUACACCUGAAUACAUUGAUUCACUGGAGAAUUUUGAAAUCCGGGACAGUGAUGUAUUUCUGGUCACUUUUCCAAAAUCAGGAACCAUAUGGACUCAGAAUAUUUUGAGCUUGAUUUAUCAUGAAGGCCAUCGAAAUGGAACUGAAGACAUGGACCUGGUAGACAGAGUUCCAUGGCUGGAGUACAACCUCCGCAAUGUAGAUUAUGUUAAGCGGUCAUCACCUCGUCUCUUUGCCAGCCAUCUGCCCUAUUGCUUACUGCCAAAGGGAUUAAAAAAUGGAAGAGGAAAGAUUAUUUACGUGGCCAGAAACCCAAAGGAUGUAUUGGUUUCCUAUUAUCAUUUUUCCAAAGUUUCUCAAAAAUUGGAAGAAGUGGAAGACUUUGAAGUUAUUAUGGAGAGGUUUUUGGCUGGUAAAGUGAUAGGAAACUUAUGGCUAGACCAUGUAGAAGGAUGGUCUGCUCAGAUGGACAACACCAACAUUCUCUUCCUUAUGUAUGAAGAAAUGAAGAAGGAUCUGAGAAGCGCUGUAUUGAAAAUAUGCAACUUCUUAGGAAAGAGACUAAGUGAAGAGGAGAUAGAUGAUGUUGUGGAUAUGGCUUCAUUUGGCAAAAUGAGUGCAGAUCGUAGAGCCAAUUAUACUACCCUAUCCUCUGACCUCCUAGAUUUCAGCAAAGGAAGCUUUCUGCGCAAAGGUACUAUUGGAGACUGGAAAAACACAAUGACAGUUGCACAGAAUGAAAGAUUUGACAGUGUUUUCAAGAAACGGAUGGAAAAGCUACCCAUCAAGUUCUGCUGGGAUAUCAAUGAUAAAUUAUGAAUAAGGAUGGACAAACCUGCCUCUUUUGUUUUUUUACAGAUCUGUUUUAAUUUGCUGAAGCAACAGAUUUAUUCCAUUUUGUUUUCAAAUCAGAUACAUUCAAUAAGAUAGCUGGUAUGGCUUUUGUUUUAAGUUUAUGUCAAAACUUUUAUAAAAAAAACUUUCUAAAAUUAGUAGAUGUAU